AUUGCUCUCUUUAUCUCAUUCCGCAUACAAACUGAGCAGAUGUGUAAAGUCGGUAUAUAUUAACUAAAAAGACGUUUAAAGCGAUAUAGUACAAACUCGGAUGCAAACUUGUACGGAGUAAAUGCGUGCAACCGGUUAACUGAUUUAGAACGAAAUAUUAAUUUAAACAAACCACACAUAAUGGCAGCGCGUCGGCCAACAUCGCUGAAUCUGAAUGCGCGACACUCGUUGACUUCGCUCGAGCAGUUUGUCUUCGAAGUCGGUACUGUAAUGCCGUUAACACCCGCUUCAACGCCGGAAAUCACGCCGUUACCGUUAUUUCCAUUAACCGAAACCAAAAUACCAGAAGAUGUUCCGGGUACAAAUGCUAACACGCUUUCAAAUAAAUCUGUGGAAAAAAAUAGAUUCACAGUGAUUGAACCGGCAGUCUUUCUGGUUUACGUUGCCACAGCGUUGGCCGGUGCCAUUUUGCAGAAUCAACAACUCUAUCAAACCUGUGUCGCUGUCUAUAAUUAUGAUAAAGAACUAUGUGAGCCAAUGUUGGGAGUUAUUGCAAAAAAUGAGACUUCAAAAGAAAUUGAAACCAAAGUGCAACCCUAUGUGGCCAAUAUAAUUAUGACUAGUUCGGUGAUUACCAGUGUUUUGCCUGCUUUCCUCAGUUUAUUUAUUGGACCUUGGUCGGAUAAGUUUGGACGCAGACCGGUGCUUGUAGCAACCUUCUCAGCGGCCUUCAUCGGACACUCUAUAACAACAAUUCUCGCAGCAAUAUCUCUGGCAACGCCUUUAAAUCCGUGGGUCUACAUAUUAUCGAAUGUACCAUUGGCUUUGACAGGUGGCACCUGCGCGUUAAUAACAAUGGUGUUUUGUCUCGUCUCAGACGUGUCCGACGAGGGCGGUAAGGCAAGACGCAUGUUCUUUGUGGAUGGCGCUUUGGGUAUUGGUACUUUGAUUGGCAACGUGAUCAGCAGUUAUAUACUGUCUGGAACCGGUACCGUAGGCGUAUUCACAAUUGCUGCAGGUAUGGAUUUGCUGGCGCUGCUAUAUUUGCUGUUCUUCGUCGACGAAAGUUUGAAAAUACAACACGAACGAAAAGAGUCCAAUUUGCGAGAGUUCUUCAAAUUCGGCUUGAUCAAGGACUUGGUAAGGAGCUGUCUAAAACGCAGGCCAGACCAUGAUCGCGCCAUUAUUUGGUGUAUAAUGUUCACCUUAGUCACUACAACAUUUGUAAUGCAGGGUGAAUCCAAUGUAUUUUAUUUGUUUCUACGUAACCAAUUCAAUCUCACGCUGCAGCAAUUCACCACCUACAAUGCCGUCACUAUCUGCAUUAAAAUGGUCGGUUGUGGUCUCAUUUUGCUUUUUUUGCGAGUGCUAUUCAAGGCCCCUCUUAUACUUGUUGCCAUGCUUGGUUUGUUGGGUUGUUUUACUGACAGUUUAAUACGUUCAUUGGCGCAGGAAUUUUGGCAGAUGUACUUGGCCGCGACUUGUGGCUUCAUGGGUGGCAUUAACAGUCCGAUGUUGCAAGCGGUACUUGCGGGCUUAGUACAAGCUACCGAAAUCGGUAAAGUCUACGCUGUUAUCUCUUCAUUGCAAACACUUUCGCCGCUGGCUUCGGCACCGGUUUACACUGGCAUUUACAGAGCGACAUUGCAGUCAUAUCCUGGCGCGUUUUACUUUUUGAGUGUCUCAAUUUAUUGCAUAUGCUUUGUGCUUAUUACCGCUUUGUUUAUUAUGCAACGAAUCGGUGCCAAAGCAGCCAGGCAACAAUCAGCGGCAUAGGGAAAUGUUUAGCAGAAUUCUGUUAUUUAAAUAAACAAAUUGUUGUCAAAGCAAAAUUUUUAUAUGAAAAUAAUAUUUUGUGACACGAACCAGUAUUUACAUAUGUACAUAUGUAUGCAAUCGUAUAUAUGUGUGUAUGUCUGAAUAAUCAUUAAAUAGACUUAAGGUUUGUUUACGUUCCCUAAACAUAAGUGCUUGCAUUUAACUGAAUUUAAUAACUGUAUAUAUGUAAAUAAUGUUUAGCGUAAAAGUUAAGGGAAAAAUUUUUGUAUGCACAUACUAUGUAGGUCUAUAUCGAACAAAACAAAAGCUAAUUUACACAAAAAUAAGUUGCACAUAUUUUUUAAAAUGCAAGUAAGGUG